AUGUCGUCCGGAGGUCAUUCCAACGUGGGCUUCCCCAGUCUCUACGAGUCGCAGAACCAGAAACAUUACAAGCAGUCCGAAGUGGAGGAGUUGCAAAAGCACACCGGGGAGAACCUCAAGGGAUUCUUGCCCAAGGACCAGGAGGCCGAAGUUAACAGGCUACGAUCCCAGGAUGUCCAGAGAAGACAAGCCGAGAACCUGAAGAAUGAUCCCACUUUCGCCGCCACACUGCACGGAAACAAACCGCACAAGGGCGCGAUCAUCGACAAGGAGAUCCAGCAAGAGGAGGCGGAGCAGUUGCGGAAGAAAGGGGAUGCCAUGACAGGAAAGUCGAUGUAA